AUGAUUUCCAAUAUCUUGACGUUCUCCCUCCUUGCCGGCAGCGCUCUGGCUGUCCCGGCCGAACCUGACAUUGAGAAACGUGUCGACUGCCCGAGCGUCCACAUCUUUGGCGCACGCGAGACCACCGUAUCUCCCGGAUACGGCUCAUCCAGCACAGUUGUCAAUGGCCUCCUCAGUGCCUACUCAGGCUCCACAGCCGAGGCCAUCAGCUACCCUGCAUGUGGUGGACAAUCGUCUUGCGGCGGCGUGAGCUACUCGAACUCAGUUGCCCAGGGUAUCGCAGCUGUCGCCUCGGCUGUGAACUCCUAUAACAAACAGUGUCCAUCAACCAAGCUUGUUCUGGUCGGAUAUUCCCAGGGUGGUGAAAUCAUGGACGCAGCCUUGUGCGGCGGCGGCGUACCAAACCAAGGCUACACCAACACUGCGGUACAGCUGUCGACAUCCGCUGUGAACAUGGUCAAGGCAGCCAUCUUCAUGGGUGAUCCACUUUUGACGCACGUCCUUCUGGCUUCUCUUGCCCCUGGCCAUAACGGUGCGACGCACCAGGGCUACGGAGCUGAGUAUGGCGCACAGGCUAUUGCCUUUGCCAAAAAUAGCUACCCCACCAAGAGCUCCAAGCUUCCUCCAUUCCCCAUGGCCACUCACAUUCCCAACCUCAACACUCUCCGACGAGGCCGAGGUCGAGGCCGCGGCAUAGGUCGCACAGAAGAAGCUGGAUUCCCUUCUGGAAAAGACCGCAUCGUUCAAGGCACAGACAAUGACGCAAGCGUGUCCCGCCUCAGCGCCGUCGAGCUAGGAUACCUAGAGGAUGCGUACGCGGCGGCAUUGACACCUCCCGGGUCGGCGACGCGGCGAUUGCCAAUUAUCAACAGAGAGAGCCUAUGGCUGACCGGGACACCUCCCGCGCCCCAGGAACCUACGCCCGCACAACAGCCAUUGACCAGCUCGUGGCGCGUUUCCUCGGCCCGUCCUCGCCGGGAAAUACACACAAGAAACAGAUCAUAUCUCUCAGGCGCCGGGUCGGACACGCGCGUCUUCCGGCUUCUCUCGUCGCGCCAAACCCCGGACUUCGUCUACCACGAGCUCGAUUUCGCCGUGAACACAGCGGAGAAGAUCCGCGCGAUUAGAUCGGCGCCUGUGCUACAGAACGCGCUGGGGAUCGACUCGUCGCAGGUUUCGUGGAAAAGGAUACUCGAGUUACCGUGUCGGAGGCCGGCGACGCGCUCCAUUCGCCGUCGUACCAUUGACCCCGCCGCAGCACUGCCAGGCGUGGAAACGGGACUACCGACUUUGCUGAUCUCCGAGUGCUGUUUGGUCUAUCUAUCGCCUGCCGAAGCGGAGCAGGUGGUUGCAUUCUUCACGCAGCGUCUUUUUGGUCAUGGGCGUGUAGUACCUGGAACUGGCGACGGCUUGCAGGAGGCGCAGAUGAAUGUCGCUCCGCUCGGGUUGGUUCUUUAUGAGCCUAUUCGGCCGAAUGAUGCCUUUGGUCGUACGAUGGUGUCGAAUCUUGCGGCCCGGGGAAUCCAGCUCAAGACUCUCUCUAGGUAUGCGUCGCUUGAGGCGCAGCGAGACCGCUUCCAAGACCAGGGCUUUGGUGAUGGCCAAGCUGCGGCUGAUAUCGAGUUUAUUUGGAAGCGGUGGGUUAACGAGGAUGAGAAAGAAAGAGUUGCUGGGCUAGAGAUGCUCGAUGAGAUGGAGGAGUGGCAGUUGCUUGCACGGCAUUAUUGUAUUGCAUGGGGAUGGAGAGAUCGCGAUGAUAUUGCGGCUUUUGCUGGGUGGAAGGACCUAGAGGGUCAACGAGGCGAGUAA